UCGAGCUGCUGCGCGCGCCGGUGCAGCACGCGCUCCGCUUCUCCUUUCGAAGCGCCCCAGCUCGCGCGCUUCCGCACCGGACUCUUGUCCCGCUCGGCGAUACAGCCCCAGCCCAGCGCUGCGUUGGAAUUCUCAUCUUGUGUGAAGGACGACCUGCUGAAGCCGGGCACUGGGCAGGAUCGAGGAUCAUCAUCAUCAUCAUGUCCCUGCUGCUGCUGUGUCUGUGGCCACGUCCGCUGUCGGCCCCCCAGCUAAAGCGGCUGCGGGAGCACCGGUACAGCGCUACCGGCCGCUCUCUGCUCGAACCGCCCUGCCAGGUGUACUGGAACUGGCUGGUCCGGCACAUCCCGACCUGGGUAGCGCCGAACACCCUCACUGUCACCGGGCUCCUCAUCAACAUGCUCACCACUGUCAUAUUGGUUUACUUCUGCCCGUCUGCGACAGAGGAGGCUCCAGCAUGGGUCUUUAUCCUUAGUGCACUGGGUCUCUUCAUUUACCAGUCACUGGAUGCCAUUGAUGGGAAGCAAGCAAGACGGACAAACAGCAGCUCAGCACUUGGAGAACUGUUUGACCAUGGCUGUGAUGCUGUCUCCACAGUUUUUGUUGCUGUUGGAACAUGUAUAUCCUGUGGUAUCGGGGCAUACUCCAACUGGAUGUUCUUCUGUGGCUUUGUGGGCAUGUUCAUGUUCUUCUGUGCACACUGGCAGACUUAUGUGUCUGGCACACUUCGCUUUGGGCUCCUGGAUGUCACUGAGGUUCAGAUUGCCAUCACCAUCAUGUACAUUAUGACAGCUUUUGGAGGAGUGAGACUGUGGGAGAGUAAGCUGCCCAUGUUAGGUAUGAAACUGAGCACUCUUCCCACCCUGGGGAUCAUCAUUGGCUUCCUAUCCUCUACCCACAACUACUUCCAGGUCAUCCUCAGUGGAGGUGUUGGCAAGAAUGGUUCCACCGUAGCAGGCACCAGUGUACUUUCACCAGGACUACAUAUUGGCCUCAUCCUCACAAUGGCAUUUAUCAUUUUUAAGAAAUCCUCCUCCCAGCUUUUUGAGCUCCAUCCCUGCCUCUACAUACUUACUUUUGGCCUGGUCACUGCCAAGAUUUCCAUCAAGCUGGUGGUGGCCCACAUGACUAAGAGUGAGCUUCACCUUCAAGACGCAGCCUUUAUUGGACCUGGCCUCCUCUUCCUCAACCAGUAUUUCAACAGCUUUGUUGAUGAGUAUGUCAUCCUCUGGAUUGCAUUUUUUUUGUCAGCGGUGGACUUGACACGCUACUCCACAGGGUUAUGUCUACAGAUUGCCGAACAUCUGAAGAUCCAGGUGUUCAGUAUAGCUCCACACACGUCCCUCCACCGUGACUGAUACAGUAACUCAUGAGAGAAUCCUGGUUUCCCAGGUGAAGGACUUCUCCGAUCAGAACCUAUUUGUUAUCAGAGAAAGCCAAUGAAAGAGAGAUACUCUAGAAUCGCUUUAGAAUAAGAGUUUAAAAGGGAGGUGCAACAUGGUAAAAACUGGUAUAUUUAUUCCUAACUUGUUUGCCUAACCAGUGAAUAUGGAUUCAAAUCCACUUACAACGAGCAGAAAUGUUUCAAUGUUAAGCCUGAGAUCUGACUUAACCAAAUCUUUUGAGGUAAAAUAGGCUCAAAGAUUCAU